ACAGCGGCUGCCAGCAGCGAGCGGGGCCCGAGCGACGAGAGCAGCCGCUUCCCCCACCGGAGCUCUCGGCCCCGGCGGCGCAGCCAGACAUGAGCAGCCCCGAUGCGGGCUACGCCAGCAGCGAGGACCAGGCUCAGGGGCGGUGCUCGUUGCCCGUUAUGAUGCCGGCCGUGGGCCCAUGCCCGUGGGCAGAGUCGCUGAGCCCGCUGGGCGAGGCGAAGGCGAAGGGCGAGGCGGCGGCGUCAGGGGCGUCGGGCGGCCGGAGCAAGAGCGAGGCGCGGAUCCGGCGGCCCAUGAAUGCCUUCAUGGUGUGGGCGAAGGACGAGCGCAAGCGGCUGGCUCAGCAGAACCCGGACCUGCACAACGCCGAGCUCAGCAAGAUGCUGGGUAAAUCGUGGAAGGCGCUGUCGCUGUCGGAGAAGCGCCCGUUCGUGGAGGAGGCGGAGCGGCUGCGGGUGCAGCACAUGCAGGACCACCCCAACUACAAGUACCGGCCGCGGCGGCGGAAACAGGUGAAGCGCCUGAAGCGGGUGGAGAGCGGCUUCCUGCAGCACGGCCUGGCGGAGCCGGCGGGGCCCGGGCUGAGCACCGAGGCAGGCGGCAGCAGCGGCAGGAUGUGCGUGGAGGGCCUGAGCCUGCCCUACGGCGAGCAGGGCUACGCGGUGUCGGGCGUGGGCCACUACCGGGACUGUCCGCCGCUGGGCGCCGGCUUCGACGGGUACAGCCUGCCGACGCCGGACCCGUCGCCGCUGGACACGGUGGAGAGCGAAGCGCCGUUCCUGGCGGCGGGGCUGCAGGAGGAGUGCGCGCUGGUGCCCUACGGCUUCGCCCCGCACCCGGCGGCAGCGGGCGAGUACUCGGCGGCGGCGGGCGAGAGUCCGGCGGGCGCGGCGCUGCGCCGGCACCUGCCUUCCGGCGAGGCGCUGGGCCCGGGCCCCGCGCUGCAGGGGCUGCAGGGGCUGCUGGGCUGCCCGGCGCCGUUGCACGCCUACUACGGGCAGGCGUGCCAGCCGCCGGGCCCGGGGCGCGGCCCGUUGCCGCCGGGGGCCGUCGGGCAGCCGUCGCCGCCGCCCGAGGCGGCGCCGUGCCGGGAGCAGCUGGAGCAGCUGCCGCCGGAGGAGCUGCUGGGCGAGGUGGACCGCACCGAGUUCGAGCAGUACCUGCACUUCGCCUGCAAGCCCGAGCUGGGGCUGACCUUCGCCGGACACGACGUGGCCGAGAGCGUGGGGCCCGUCUCCUCGGCCGUGUCGGACGCCAGCACCGCCGUGUACUACUGCGGCUACCCCGACGUGUGAGGGCCUCCUCGGGAACACGGCUCUUCUUGUGUUGGACUUGCGGGCGGGCCCUCAGCCCCGCUCCUAUUUAUGUAAUUUAUUUGAAUCUUGAGAACUGACAGGGUAUCCGCGGCCUGCUCGAGGUUUAAAAGGCGACUCGCCGUUUCGCUGUCCAGGUGGUGCAGGUUUUACCACCACCGUCCGACAGUGACAUGUCAAACUGUUCCUGCUGUGGAAUCAUGAUGUUAGUAACACACGUGAAAUACAGAGUCGGAGAUCUUGUUAGAGAUCCACAUGCUAUUGUAAUGUUGUACAGAAUGCUGGGUUUUAUAUGUUGGAUUUGUACAGAAUAAUUUUGCACUUUUACAAAUAAAAGGGAAAUAAUAAAACUGGUUGCUGAUAUCUCCUCCAAAGGAUGUUAUCG